GUCAUUCAUGUUCAACAUCUCUAAUUUCUUGCGUUCUUUAUUAGGAUUGACGUCUACUAUUAGAUGACUAAAGGGAUAAAAGACUCAAAGCUCUCUCUUGACCAAGACCAAUAAAUAGCACACAGAGAGCGAGAGCGAGAGAAGUUCCUUCACUGCCACCACGAUCUACUCCGACGCGUUCGUUUGGUCCCUUCACCACGACCAGCAAGUGAAGGAGUAAGGAAUGGUACAUAUAACACUGAUAUGGCUUUGCUGCUGAAAGAGUCUCAUCUGCCAAUUGAACGGCCAUGCCUUUGAAAGGCUUUGCGUUGAGAUGCAGAGGCGCCGCCAUGGAUGACGCCAACUGAAAGCUCAGUUCACUUUUCUUUAGGAUUCCACUGGGAUUUUCAUAGAUUGAAGGACAACUACUUCUUACCUCAGAUAUCUACUCAACAACACAACUACUCUAUUCAACAACUUUUCGCAACUCUUUACGUGCAUGUUCAUUCUCAAUCAAUUACUGCAACCACCAUUUACCCUAAGUGACCCAUUACAAACAUUCAAAACUUCACCUAAAAUUGUAAUCUGGCCUAAUUAAUGAGCGUGCUUGAGUCGAUUUUAAACUGAAAUUUUGAUGGAAUGUUUACCGUGGUCUUUGGGCUUUCGUGUUCCGACUUCUUCCAAGAUUUUUAAAACGAGUGAGAAAGGUUUCCACACAAGAAUGUUUCGUUCCCCUUUUCAGUUGAGGUGGGAUCACUCAGUGCACCCCUUUUGGGCACAGUGUCCUUGCUAUCUCCCAUCGAUGUGGUCAAUCCACCUCCUUCAGGGCCCAGCGUCGUGCUUCGUUCCCCUCUCCAAGAAAUCUUACAAUCCACCCUUUUGGGGCUAACAUCGUCGCGGUCACUCAUUCCUCUCUCCAAUCGAUGUGGUCAAUCCAACUCCCUUCGAGGCCUAGCAUCCUGCUUCGUUCCCGCUCCAACUGAUCUGAGAUCUCAUAAUCCACCACUUCGGGGUCAACGUCCUUGCAAGCAUUCGUUCCUCUCUCCAAUCGAUGUGGUCAAUCCAACCUCCUUUGAGGCCCGGCGUUCUGCUUCGUUCCCCUCUCCAGAGAUAUCACAAUCUACCCCUUCAAGCCCAGUGUCCUCGCAAGCACUCGUUCUUCUCUCCAAUCAAUGUGGUCAAUCCAGCCCCUUAGGGGAUUAGUGUCCUCGUUGAUACACUACCCAGUGUCCAGCUCCCUUCGAGGCUCAGCAUCCUCAUUGAUACAUCACCCGGUGUCCAGCUCCCUUCAGAGCUCAAUGUCCUCGUCAGCGCUUCCCCUUAAGGUUUUGAAAACGUGUCUGCAAUGAACAGGUUUCCACACCCUUCUCGUUGGUGCUUCCCUUCAAUGUUUUUAAAACGCGUAUGCUAAUGAGAAAUUUCCACACCCUUGUAAAUAAUGCUCAUUCACCCGAUGUUGGAUCUAAAGAGAUGGAAUAAUUUGUGGUUCUUCACGCUUAAUAAAUAAGAAACAUACAUCCUCAUAAACGUAAUCUCAUCCUUCAUUAUGCUGUUCAAUCUGUUUCUGAUCUUGCUCUAAUUAACUGUGCUUCUGCAAACUCCCUUUCCACAUUAAUGCCCAAAGACAAAGAACGCAAAUCCAUCACUGAAACCAAACCUUCUUCACCCAUCAUGGAACAAAGCUUCCUCUGCACUCCACAAUGGCCUCCAAUUCUUUCUCUUCCACCUUCGACGAAUGCAACUGGGUCAUUCAAAUUCGUCGGACCCUCGAAGAAGAACUCGAUGACGACGAUGGGAUUCCCGUGUCGAUCUUCAAGGUCCCUAAAUCUCUAAUGGCGUCCGAUCCAGAUUCCUACACUCCGCAAUUGGUUGCGUUGGGUCCUUACCAUUGUUGGCGCCCAGAGCUCCAUGAGAUGGAGAGAAUCAAGCUCUCCGCUGCAAAAAGGGCUAAGAAAUUCAGCCCGAGAGAUCUCCAAUUUCAUGAUCUCGUUGAACAAUUGGCGAAGCUCGAGCAUAAGAUUCGAGCGUAUUACCACGGUUACUUGGAUCUUAAUAGCGAAACUCUAGCCUGGAUGAUGGCCAUUGACGCCUGUUUCUUGCUCGAGUUUCUCAAUGUCUACGCCCAACAAUUGAAGAUUCUCCGGCGAGUUUCUUCGAGAAUGUCGCAUUUGAUGGAUUACGCUGGGACGAAGCCAGCGCACAACGCCGUUCUCAGAGAUAUAAUCAUGCUCGAAAAUCAGAUUCCAUUGUUCGUAUUGAGGAAGAUGAUGGAAUUCCAAUUCGAAUCCACUGAACAAUCCGACGAGACUUUGCUCUCCAUGUUGAUCGGAUUGUUCGCAGAGCUUUCUCCAUUCAACACCACGGAUGAAAUUCCAGAGAUUCAAAUUUCAGAUUGCGCUCAUUUGCUGGACUUUUUAUACCAAAUGAUCACUCCCAAAUUGAAAGAACCAUCAGAAAUUACCGAAAACCCUAACGAGAUCGAACAAUCUCCUCAAAUUUUGAGUUACAGACAACAAGUCGCACACAGAUCCAAGCAAUGUCUCUUGAGAUCAAUCGAAAACCUAAUUCGUUUCACAAAGCGAGCGAUGCAAUCUCAACAUGUGAAAACGAUAGCGCGGCUGCCAUGGGCGAUCCUCUCCUCGAUCCCUCCAUUCGCGAUCUUAAAACAACCUGCUGAGAUUCUAUUCUUCAGAGAGCAAGAAACAGAACCUCAAAACCCUGAUUCAAAUCCGAACGCAAACAGACCGCCAUUAACGGAGGAAAUAACAAUCCCCUCCGUUUCAGAGCUCUUCAAAGCCGGAAUCCGCUUCUCACCCUCCCAUGGUGGAAUCUCAACGAUUACCUUCGACAGAAAUACCGGAACGCUCUACCUUCCAACGGUGAGGCUAGACGUGAACACACAAGCGACGCUGAGAAACUUAGUAGCAUACGAAGCGUCGAGCGGAUUAGGGCCGCUGGUUUUAACAAGAUACACGGAAUUGAUGAACGGAAUCGUGGAUUCCGACGAAGACGUGAGAUUGCUGAGAGAAGGAGGAGUGAUUCUGAACCAUCUGAAGAGCGACGAAGAGGGCGCUGCGAUGUGGAAUGGAAUGAGCAAAUCGAUGAGAUUGAGCAGAGUUUUGGAGUUGGACAAGGUGAUCGAAGAGGUGAAUGAGUACUACGAUGGAUUGUGGAGAGUGAAAAUGGGAAGAUUUGUGGAGGCAUAUAUUUACAGCUCUUGGCCUUUGCUUGCUCUAAUGGCGGUGGCUUGGGUUCUGUUCUUGAUCGCCCUGCAAGCUUUUUGCUCUCUGUUUGGUUGCUUUCGCGCCCUUCCUCCCAAGCGCCCUUGAAAAAUAUGGGCCCCUGCUGCCUCCCAAGCGCCCUUGAAAAAUAUGGGCCCCUGCUGCCUCCCAAGCGCCCUUGAAAAAUAUGGGCCCCUGCUGCCUCCCACGUUCAAAUCCCCAAAUCUAUUUAUUGCAAAUUUGGUCCUCCUUUUAUUCAAAUAUUCAAUGACCUUAUUUCAAAAAUAUGU